UUAAUAUUUUUAUUUUUAUUAUUAAAUUUAAUAAAAUCAUCAUUUUGUUAUAGUUUUGAUGGCAGUGUAUCACCAAAUGAUGUAUCAUCAUUAGUAGAGAAUAUAUUAAGUAAUUGUUCGAGUACACCAAGUUCAAAUUGUUUUGGUACUCAAUGGGGUAUUGUAAUCGAUAGCUAUGAUAGUAGCACCGGCGAAUUUACAAAUUUAUAUAGUUUAAAUGAAUUACAGUCAUUUACACCAGCUAGCAACACCAAACUUUUAACAACCAUUACAAUUUUUUAUACUUUUGGUGAAGAUUUUAAAGUUGCAACACCAUUUUUUACAGAUAAACCAUUCGAACCAAAUCAAGAUUUCGAAUAUCUUUGUGUAAAAGGAAUGGGUGAUCCAUCUAUGACCAUGGACCAAAUUCAAGAUGUAGCCACCUUCUUUUCAAAAUCAGGUUCAAUCAAAAAUCUAAUUUUAGAUAACAGUUUUUAUAUAAAUGCAAAUAAUGACCCAAUACCACCAGCAUGGGAAUGGGAGGAUUUAACAUCAAAUUACGGUGCAAUUCCAACACCAUUAAUGGUUAACGAAAAUACAAUGAAUAUCUUUAUUAAUCCAAGCACUCAAGUUGGAUCAAAACCAGUAGUUUCAUUCCAAUAUCCAGGCGAAAGUAAAUAUUUACAAGUUAUUAACAAUAUAGUAACAGGGGCAUCAAAUUCAGUAACCUCAAUUAACUAUCAAUUUAAAAUUGCAUCAUCAUCAAUUGUUUUAAGUGGAAAUAUUGCAGCUAACAGUCAAGCAAAAACAGUUACAGUACCAAUUUUAGAUCCAGAACAAUAUUUCAUUACUGUUUUCACAGAGAUGUUAGCUGAAAACGGUUUAAACGUUGGAUCUGCAUCCAUUGGUAGUUGUAAUGAUACCAGUUAUGAUUAUAAACCAAUCACCCUCUAUUCUCCACCACUCUCAUCAAUGUUAAACUACACUCUUUUAACAUCAGAUAAUCUUUAUGCUGAAACUUUCCUUAGACUUUUAGGUACAUUUAAUCAAAAUACAUCAUUACCAGCAAAUACACCAACUGAUGCCAGAGGUUUACAAUAUAUUCAAUCUAUUUUAGGUCAAAGUUUAUUAUACACUCAAGUCGAUGGUUCAGGUUUAAGUAGAAAUAAUUUCAUCACACCAAAAGCCCUCAUUUCUGCUGUUGAAGGCGUAUAUACUAAUGUUGGUGAUCCACAACACGACUAUAUCUCCUAUUUACCAGUAUCUGGUGUAUCUGGUACCCUUUCUAGACGUUUCAUUAAUACUCCAGCUCAAGGUAUUGUCCAUGCUAAAACUGGUUCGAUGACUGGUGUUCACUCUUUAACAGGUGUAGUUUUACCAAAAGGAAUUCAUAAUAAUAACCAAAAUCCAAUAUUUUUCUCUAUAAUCGGUAACAGCUCCCCAAGUCAAGAUAGAAAUAUAAAUGGCAUUAUUGAUGAGAUUGUAAUUUUAUUAUCACAAAUC